CUCGAACACCAUAUCAGAUCAGUUACUCUCCUUGAGCAACCCCAUAACAAGUGGACAUAAAAGAACGAAAAUCCAGGUGCUCCCUAACUUUAUGUCGUAAUGGGUUGCCCUCAUUUGUAAUACACUGGCGGUAAGAAUGUUCGCAGUCUCUUCAGUGCAUAGCUUCGAGAGGAGGCAUUUCAAAACCCUUGCUCACUCAUAGACUAUCAUCUCGCUCUUGUGAACUGGUUGUGCUUAAUGCAUAUUCCAUAAAUUUACUAUUACUGUUUAUAGACAUCACUAACUUAUCACUACCUCGCCUAUCAUCAUCUCCAUUUCUAUGUCAUUAGUUAAUUCUACCUCUUGUUUAAAGGUACCAGUUGCUUUUGAUUAGGAUAUUUGUACACGCAGCAGUCGGGGAAAGUUGUUGCUUCCAUAUAUACUUGACAGAUAAACGUUUCUGCAUUUUGCAUAUCUUUUUUGUUUUUUGUGGUUUCAGAAUGUUUCCUAGCAAGAUUGUCCGAGAAGGAUAUUGUUAAGUCUUAUUUGUUUUUUUUUCUAGGAUGCUUCGCUUCUUAACCAUAUCUAAUACCCGAUCUCAUUUAAGUUAUUUUUGAUACUUCCAACCUUAUCAAUUCAAAGUGAAAUGGAAAAGGAGUGUUGUGCUGAUCCAUGGGAUUUACGUCCCAAGGUUGAAAAGUCUACUUCCAAAUGUGCUCCCCCCUUACAAUUACACGUCUCUAAGAAACUGAAACAAAAUCUUAGUGGACAUUUGUCGCACAAAGAGACGUUCAGCACAAAGAAUCCGCCGAACGUCACUUCAAAGAUAAGCGGAAAAGAAAACGAUAUUAAUAAAUUGCAAAGUAAUCAGGCCUUUCAUAUGAGCGAACACUGUCUACUUGUACGGUCGAAAAGUGAUCACAUCUUGAAAGAUGUAGAUAAUUUUCCUAUCGGUUCAAUAAAAGUCCCUAGUUUAAGUGCGUCUUGUCAAAAUAGUCGUUUACAAUGUAACACAUUUAAAGAAGAAUCAUUUUGCCACUCUGUUACUGGUUCUACUAGUACUAACUGUAACAAUAUAAAGCCAAGACUCACUAAGUGUGGCUCUUUACUUGGUCGUUCUUUAACCAAUGAAGUAAACACAUCAGAUAUGAUGCCAAAUCCUUCUGUGAUAAACUAUGAUUCUACAAAUACGAAUAAAAUCAACAGUCCCGAAAAUCCUGACGUUCAAUUUGUAGAUGACAUGCGUGAGGUCGAUACCGGACAUAUUAUACCUAAGCAUCCUGUAAAGGACACAUUAAAUAUGUGUGUCGCGAAUCGUGUGAGAUCUAGUCGAAGCUGCUUUCCUGUACAUAAUUAUAUCAAACUUAACUUGAAGAAGAAACAGUUUUGCCGUAAAGGAUCAUCAAGACAACAGACGUUAAGGAGAAAAGUUUAUUUGAACAAGCUCAGAAAGAAGCUCAAAAAUGUUAAUCAUAGGACAAACCCCUGCUUUAUUUGCGGGGUUACAGGCCACUGGGCUAAUAAGUGUCCACAAACCAUCAUGAAACCCCAACCCUCCAUCGACAACAAUUUACUCGAUUGGCAACAAUGCGAUAACACGUGUAAAAUACACAGUCUUGCUGAACUGGAUAAUCGCUACUUUCCAGCUCACAUUAAUGAUGUUUUGCCGAUCGAAUUUAUAAGUAAUCUUUCGAAACAAUCUCCUAUUGACGAACUGUCUCGUCGUGUGCAAUGUUGUCUACAGGAGUUGGGUUUUGAGUCAUUCCGUCCCGGUCAAGAGUUAGUUAUUUUGCGUACACUACUAGGCAUUUCAACAUUGGCUGUAAUGCCGACUGCUUUUGGGAAGUCACUUUGCUACCAAAUACCUGCAGUGAUACACCAGGUAAGCUAA